AUGAGAGAUUUGCACUCACCAGAACUGUCGUCAUACGCCGAGCCAUCACCAUUAUUAACAAGCGACACUGGAAUUUUCCAAACAUAUGACCCAGUUCUCUAUGGAACCUCAACAGGAUAUGCUGUUGAUGCAUACAAAAAAAGAAACAGAGGCUCAACUGAUGACAGUCCGCCACACCGUGCAGCUUCAACUCCACCAUUUGCCAUCCUGUCAUCCCAUCAAACCCAUCCAAGCCAUCUGCCUUCCAAGAAUUUCUACAUCGCCACUGUUUCCACCUUUCGUUAUCUCCAACUCGUCUGCCUAUCAAAUACCAACCAUGGCCGUAUUCCCAGUUCUUUCCAUGUCGUAGAUUCGGUACGCGUCAACUAA